CGACAGGCUGCUCAGAUAACAAACCUGAGGAGAAGCAGAGGAGGAAACACAGGAGCCAGUGAGAGUCCCACAAAAUGACAGAAACUCAGGGCGCUGCUCCGGACACUGGGGGUAAACCCAUGGCCUUCCACUCUCAGAAGGAGAUGUUUGAGAAGAUGGAGGAAUCCUUUCAAGUGUGUGCACAUUGUGAGAAGAGGCCACAUCAACUCUCAAACCCACAGAACCUGAAGCGCUGUGCGAGAUGUGUAAAUGUUUACUACUGCUGCAAAGACUGUCAGAAGCAGGACUGGCCCAAACACAAGAAGCUCUGCCCACUGCUGCGUCUCGCUGCCAUCGACAGAGUUGUGGAGUGGCUCGUGUUCAAAGGAGAGCUUCCAUUCUCCACAGGGCAGUGGUCGAAACCGCAGUCAGAGGUUAAAGGUUGGGACGACUGGCUGGCGAUGCAGGGAGAUCUCACAGCUCGCCUCGAUCCCAUUUUAAACGGAGCCAACAUGACAGAGCUGUGGGUCAACUCGUGCAGACCUCGACCUGAUGUCCAAGACCUCAAGCAGUCGCUGUGGCGGGUCUGCAGCGAGUUCUUCUCCCGGCCCCUUACCAUCGCCUGGGGGAUGAGGCUGUUUGGCCUGAACCCUUUUUCCAAACCUGUCACCAUUCACCUGGUGGGAGCAGGCCACAGUGAGACUCUGGCAGCCAGACUGACGGACUAUGAUGAGCUAAACAACAUGUUCCCCGGGCACCAGGGGAUCGAGAUCGUCAUGGUGGGACCAGAGGUGGUGGACGGCCCCGUCGUGAGACCUCCUCUCAGGGCGUUCGGCCCCAAGCACAUGGUCUUCAUCAGUGCCUACAAGGGUCUCUACCACGAGUUCUGGGAGGAGCUGGUGGAGAAAGAGGAAGCAGCAAAGCCGGACCUGGUGGUUGGAUUUCAUCCUGGGUUUGAUGCCAGUCAGGGUCUGGACCAGGGUUGGCUUCCAACUCUUCUGCUCCUCAGGGAUUAUGAGAUUCCUUCUCUUUUCACUGCUCUCAACGAGACGGAGAUGACCUACUCGCUGCAGAUCCUGCUGGAGCUGGAGAUGGACAUGAGGGGGAGCGGUGCCAACCCGUUCUCCUCGCUGAAACCAGAGGUGGUGGGCUCGAGUCCGGACAAGGCCCCCGUCUACUGCAACUCCCACUACUUCUGUUUCCAGGGUCUGCUGGAGACGGCAGAGUUUGAGGAACCGGAGGAGGCCUGAAGGAGCUGAGUGCUGCACUGAUGACUUUCACAUGUGGAAAAUGAAGCCAUUUUUAUUUGACUUAAUGUUAUUAUAUUGUUAAAACAUGUGUAGAUUUUAAGUUGGCUCUGACAUUUACAUUCACUAUCUCAGUUAACUGUCAUGCAACUGCCAAAGUGGUGAGAUUUGAAUAUGCCCUCUGUGAACUAUUGUGGUGUUUGCAGAGGCGAUAAAAUAUUGUAGAAAUAGUUAAAUUUAUGAUGAUAUCUAAGUAGAUAGUACAGAAAGGACUCUAUUGUUCAUUCUCGUUAAACCACCACUUUUCCCUUCUUUAUUUUAAACAGGGACAUUUUAUACAAAAGGUUACAUUUAUCUAUUUAUAGCUCUUGAAGGAAGUAUAUGAUUUAGUUUCAAUCAACAAUACUGUCACCUCCUGACUUGAAUACGCAAGACUUUAUGUUAUUGAAUUGAAAAAAUAAAUAAAGCUAAUGUUUCACUCA